AAGAACAAGCUAAAACCUCGAGAAAAUAUCAGAUCAGAUGGUUCCAAAUUUUUUCUUCUAAAACCCACCCUCUUUCUUCCUCUUAAGUCUUAAAUCUGAAUCUCUUUGUUUGUGCCUGGUCGCUCACUGGUUAGUUGAUAAAUAAGAAGCCCUAAAAAAAACUGAAAAGGGAAACUAAUAAUUUGGUCUCCAAAAUGGAGCUUGCCUGUGCUUCUGUGCAGGCUUCUUGUUCUCUGACUGUACCGGCUUCUUCAAUUACCUCGCGACGUCGGUCUCCUUCUCUCUCCUUCUUCAGAUAUUCAAUUUCAAACCCUAUUAUCUCUUCGAAACUCAAUGGCUGUAGCUUACCAGUUAAGUCAGCGAGGCGGCGAAAAUCCUCUCUUGUUGCUGCUGUUGGGGGCACAACUACUGUACCGAGUGAUUGUGAAGGAGAGAAGGUGUCGUUUUCUGGUUCGUCUGAACCAGCGGCUAUUAACGAUGACGAAAAUGAUGGUGUUGAUGAUGGUAAAAUGGCACGAGUAUGCGAUAAAUUAAUUGAUGUUUUCAUGGUCGACAAGCCCGCUCCAAAUGACUGGAGAAAGUUGCUCGCUUUUAGCAAGGAAUGGAACAAUUUACGGCCUCAUUUCUACAAGAGGUCUCAGGAACGAGCGGAUAGCGAGGAUGAUCCUGGGAAGAAGCAUAAUCUACUCAAGUUUGCAAGGAAAUUUAAAGAGAUUGAUGAAGAUAUGCAAAGGCAUAAUGAACUUCUUGGAGUGAUCAAGAAGGCACCAUCGGAGUUAAGUGAAGUUGUUGCCAGACAUCGUAAAGACUUCACGAAAGAAUUUUUUGCGCAUCUUUACACUGUAGCACAAUCAUAUCAUGACAAUCCAAGUGAGCAAAAUGCCCUGGCAAAGCUUGGAAAUGACUGUGUGGCUGCUGUACAAGCUUAUGAUAGUGCAACAGAGAACACAGAAGUAUUGAAUGCUGCAGAAAUAAAGCUCCAAGAUAUCAUCAAUUCUCCUUCCUUAGAUGCUGCUUGCAAGAAGAUAGAUGAUUUGGCUGAAAAAAAUAAACUUGAUUCAGCAUUGGUACUGAUGAUCACAAAAGCAUGGUCAGCCGCUAAAGAGUCCAACAUGACAAAAGAUGAGGUCAAGGAUGUACUUUAUCACCUAUACAAGACAGCAGUAGGUAAUCUUCAGAGGAAUGUGCCCAAGGACAUUAGAAUACUGAAGUAUCUUCUCACAAUUGAGGAUCCUGAGGAGUGUUUGUGUGCCUUAAAUGAUGCAUUUACUCAAGGAGAAGGACUUGAGGGGGAGGAUGUGGACUCUCUAUACACGACCCCAGAAAAGCUAUACAGCUGGAUAAAAGCUAUGGUAGAUGCUUACCAUUUAAGUCAAGAAGGCACACUCAUGAGGGAGGCUAGAGAUCUGAUGAGUCCAAAGACCAUAAAAAAGAUGGAGGAACUGAAGAAGCUAGUGAAAGACCAUUUCAUGUGAUUCUGGACAUGAAAGCGAACCUUGAUUAGCGUUGUCGAUCACUCUUAUCUUGAGGAUAGUAUCUGUAAGACUAACAUAGAUGAUUGUUGAAACACCAGUAGCUCUUAUAGUCCA